AUGGAGCCUCCCGCUAAAGCUCUGGAUCAUAAUGAGAGUUCUAAGAAGCACAGCGAUUCUCAAGUUCAAAACGAUGACAGCAACAGCAGCAAUUACACUGCUCAAGCCUCUCCACAAUAUUAUGAUCGAUACGGCCAACAUUAUGAUUCUUUUGAACGUACUUACCAUUGUUUUUCGCUCUCAGUAGUCGAGAAAUCACACCUAGAGCAGGGGAAACAGAUCAUCAAACGAGUUUCGAAUUGUGGAGUGUAUGCGUUCACUGCCAAAGAGGGUUCAGUCUUCAUGCCGGAUUGGAUGAUGGAGUAUUUGCAACUGCAGAACGGCAACGCUGUGCGCCUAAAGAAUACUACCAUAGAAAAGGAAACCUUCAUAAUAUUGCAACCUCACUCUAUGGAUUUCUCAAGCAUGCUCAAUCCAAAAGCUGCAUUGGAAGAGACAUUGAGUGCUAGCUUUUUUUGCUUCACCACUGGAGACACCAUCAUGGUCGACUAUAAAAAGGAGUUUCAAGUUAAUAUAGUUGAAACCAAGCCAUCUAAUGCCAUUUCCAUUAUUGAUACAGAUUGUGAGGUUGAUUUUGUGCCUCAUCUAGAUAACAAAGAGCCAAGCAAGGAAUGGCACAAUUUCGUGCCUUUCACAGGUCUUUCUAGACUUUUGGAUGAGAAACCUGCUGCAGAGUUAGCUCUACCUGAUUCAGGUUCUGUUGAAAAAGAGAACCAAACAAUGAACACAGCUCCAAGCAUGGCCACUGAAUCAGAGAUCAGGUCUCGUAAACAUCCAACAGAGGUGGUAUGGAUCAUGCUUGCACCUCUAACAUGAUCACAAACUUUCUCGUAAACCCUUAGAAAGGAGCACAAACAAUCU